UCGAGUCCUUCAGCUGUUCGGUCCUCCCGUCCCGAUCACAUUGAUGUGGGCCCCACGUGACAUGCAAACGCGGCUGAAGUUCCAAACGUGUCAUGUCGAGUCUUGGGCUCAGCUCACGCUGUUUAAUAUGACGGAGUUCUUAUGAUGUUGAACGCCGAUCAAUCUUCCAUCCCUAUUUAAACGGGCCUCCCUUCUUCCUUCUCCUUUUAUCUUUAUCUCUGUCUCUGAGAUCUAUAUCACAACCACGUAUUAGAUAGAGACCAAAUUCAAUCGUCACCGUCAUCAUUAUCAUCGCCGCCUUCUUCUUCUUCACUUGGGUUUAUUAUCAUCUUCAUCAAGAUCAUCUUUGCAGCAGAUAGAUCCUCUUGUUCAUGAGAUCCAAAGGCAACAUCUUCACCCGGCUGGCCAAGGUUUCCUUGGUCCCGUUCGGCAGCCAGGAGCCCUUCCGCCCCGGCAAGGACGCACAUGUGGGGACUCACUCCCGGCUGAGAUCCGACGUCUCCAAGGGAUUCUCCGGCAUGUUAGUCCCCGCAGAGGCCAGGGUCAAGACCAAGGGAGCCGGCCUCCUCAGCACGCCCCACGAGCCGACAUCGCCUAAGGUGUCCUGCAUGGGAAGGGUCAAGCAGACCAACAAGAAGAACAACUCGAAGCAGGCGAGGCGCGCGCGCAGCUUCGGGGACCAAGAGCAGGAGCCUUCUUCGCCGAGGAAGAAGGGUAAUUCCCAGCUGCGGGGGCUCUUCGGCAGGCACCGGAAAGUGCUGGCAUCGGCUGAAACCAUGGCUACCGAGGCCGCCGAAGACCGGCCAGGGUUAGGCCAGAUGAAAAGGCUGUCGAGCCGGCGGAACGCGCUCGCGGAUUUCGACUGGCGGUCGCUGACGGACGACGAAGAUCAUUCCAUGGAAUAUUCUGCCUGCUGGGAGGACGCCGACGAUGGUUGUGCGGUGGUGGAGUUGCAGCCGAAGGAAGAGGUGAACCUGUGGAAGAGGAGGGCCAUGGCCAGACUUCCCGACCUGCAGCUCAAGAAAAGCUAAACGUCCAUGGGGUUGCACCAGAUCUGAAGUAAUUUCAGGGAUUGGUUGUACAGUAGCAGAAGCAGUAAUUCUUUUUUCCACCACAGAUACAAUAAUUUACUAUCUAGUUUUAUUUAUUUUUUUCAUAAGUUAUCGACAUCAAAAUUUACCGAUUCUUUUUGGAAGAGCCAAGAAAGAAUAUGUUGGUAGGUGACAUCUCCCAUCAAUUUAGUCAUUUGAUGUGUAAUAUAUAUAUAUAUAUAUAUUUUGUUAAUUACUGAAAAUUAUGCUUUCGGUGUAAAUUGUAAAUGGUAUUAUUUGUCGACCAAAAUAUAUAUUAUAAGAUUUUUUGAACUUUCAUAA